GAGGGCAAGGGGAGCGUGGCCGUGAGGGUGGCUCUCGGGGAGACUGAGCUCGUUCAAAAUGUGCGCCAGUUCCUGCUUGAAAACGGCGUCUGUCUGGAUUCCUUCAGCCAGGCUGCUGGGGAGCGGAGCAAGACGGUGAUUUUGGUGAAGAACCUGCCUGCUGGCACGAAGGUGGAGGAGCUGGAGGAGGUUUUUGGGAGCUUUGGGAACCUCGGGCGUGUGCUGCUUCCAGAAGGAGGGGUGACAGCCCUCGUGGAAUUCCUGGAACCCACCGAAGCGAAGAGGGCAUUCACCAAGUUGGCCUACUCCAAGUUCCAGCAUAUCCCUCUCUACCUCGAAUGGGCACCCAUGGGGGUCUUUUCCAGUCCGGGGGGAAAAGCGUCCAAGGUUGAAAAGCAAACGGAAGGCGAGGAACAGACCCAGAGAGGGAUUUCUGAGAACAGUGAUGCUCAGAAGGAAAUAGAGGAGGAGGAAGAAGAAGAAAAAGAAGAAGAAGAAGAAGAAAGUCUUCCAGGGUGUACCAUUUUCAUUAAAAACCUCAACUUCAGCACUACAGAGGACACUCUAAAAGAGGUUUUUUCCAAAGCUGGCGUCGUGCGCAGUUGCACCAUCUCGAAGAAGAAAGAUAAAGCUGGCAACCUACUCUCCAUGGGGUUUGGAUUUGUGGAAUACAAGAAGCCGGAAUAUGCCCAGAGAGCUGUGAAGCAACUACAGGAUUGCUCCGUGGAUGGCCAUCGGCUGGAAGUGAAAAUCUCCGAAAGAGCCAUCAAGUCCACGGUGACAUCAGCACGCAAGACGCAAGUCAGCAGGAAGCAGGCGAAUUCCAAGAUUUUGGUGCGGAAUAUCCCCUUCCAGGCCACCGUGAAAGAGAUCCGGGAACUUUUCAGCACCUUUGGAGAGCUGAAGACGGUCCGCCUGCCAAAGAAAAUGUUUGGAACGGGAGCGCAUCGUGGUUUUGGGUUUGUGGAUUUCCUGACGAAGCAGGACGCCAAGGUGAGCAAACCCUUCCUCACACAUCCCUCCUCUUUUAGAAAGGAGAAAGACUUCGAUACGUUGGUGGUUGCCCCCGUUCACUCUGGAAAACGAGGGAAAUUCUUUCGUGCGGAAAGCGGAGAGUGA